GAUCUUUCUCGUCUAUCUCGAUCGUCGCGCCAUCUGUAGAAAUAAAAUGAAUAAAUUUGGUAACACCCGGUACCACUUCUGUUUCUACCUCCGUGAGAUCAGCAUCCCAUAGAAGCACCAGACAAUCAACAAUGGCAGACCUCAGCCCCAAGGACGUUGAGAAAGCAGAAUUUGCUUUCUCUAUCUACGAUGCCGAUGGUACCAACGUCGUCGACUGCGUCGACCUUGGAAACGUUCUGCGAGCCUUGAACCUCAACCCAACAAAUGCAACAAUUGAAAAAUUGGGCGGUACGAAGAAGAAAGGCGAGAAGAAGAUGAAGUUGGACGAAUUCCUGCCAAUCUUCAGCCAGUGCAAAAAGGACAAGGAGCAAGGUUGUUUCGAGGACUUUGUCGAGUGUCUCAAGCUUUACGACAAGCAAGAAAAUGGUACCAUGUUAGCCGCCGAAUUGUCUCAUACGUUACUCUCGCUCGGCGAGCGCCUUGCCGAUGCCGAAGUCGAGACGGUGUUAAAGGAUUGCAUGGAUCCCGAAGACGACGACGGAUUCAUCCCUUAUACUCCAUUCUUGAAGAAGAUGAUGGUGCUUUUGUAAGCUGUCCGGAUGCCAUUGGUACGCUGUGAGGUCAUCGAUCCGUUCCUACGCAGAUUGUGCGACAGAGCGCAAGAGGAAUCAUAGAUACAAAGAAAUUUCUCCGACUCUUCGGCAAUUACCUUUCUAAGCUACGCAUCGGCGAAGGAUACGUUUGUCAUAUUCAUCAUGCUCUCUCUUCAUCCCUUGUUAAUUCAUCGCGCGAUCACCUUACUGACCGCAUCUCUUCACAUUUCCGUAUAAAAUUCAUUUAAAAAAAGAAAAAGUAAUAAAAAGAACAAAAAAGAAAAAAACGAAGAAAAAGUAACAUCCAUAAGAAUCCUCAGGAUUAUUCAAACAAGAAGCAAAAAGGUCAUCGAAAA